UCGCGUACAAAUCACUAUUCACUUCCACCAUGGACUCGUUAUACACCGUUUUGGCAGCGAGUGUUGUCAUCAUCGCAGCAUGCGUUUACGUCUACUGCCGCCGAAAACUGUCCUACUGGACAAACCGCGGCGUAGAACAGGUGCAUUCGACCCAUUGGCUGUUCGGGGACUUUAAAGAAGGAAUUCUGUUUCGCUCGGCCCCGGGAUGGCACCUCGGGACGCUGUACCGCCGGGCCCGGAGAGACGCACCUUUCGUCGGCUUCUACAUCUUCCACAAGCCUUGCCUCCUGCUCCGGGAUCCAAACGUCAUCAAGCAAAUACUGGUCAAAGACUUCGAAAACUUCUCCGACAGAAAUUUCGCUGGAAGAUCCCAAAAGGACAGUAUCGGGAUGACGAAUUUAUUUGGGAUUCGGAAUCCCGCGUGGCGUUAUUUGAGGCAGAAGAUAUCUCCGACUUUGAGGAAGUCAAAGCUGAAGCAGAUGCUCCCGCAUAUGUUGAAGACGGGAGAGUCCAUGGUGGAGUACAUCAAGAAGGAGAGGCUGACGGAGCCCGUGCUGGACGCGCAGGAGCUGAGCUACAAGUACGCAACGGACCUGAUCGGACGCGUGGCGCUCGGGACCCCGACGGACUCCUUCAAAAACCCCGACGCUGAGUUUACGCAGGCUGUGGCGGAGUUUUUCAGCGGCUUCAAGCGAAUGAUAGCGCUGGUGUCGGUCUUCUUCAUGCCAGAACUGGUGGACCUGGUAGGCACCCCCCUCCUCUUCGACUCCAGCUUCGUGCGAAAGGUGUUCUGGCAGGCGGUGGAGGAGCGAGAGAGGACGGGGGAGGAGAGAGGAGACUUUAUCGAUACUAUUGUGCAGCUGAAGAACGGGCCGCAGAAUCCUGUAUACGAAUUUUCCAGAGAAAACUUGGUGUACCAGUGCGGCACUUUCAUGAGCGGGUUCGAAUCAAGCGCGAUCACGGCCUCCUUUACCCUCAUGGAAUUGGCACGACACCCGGUCAUCCAGCAACGAGCCCGCGAGGACAUCCAGCAGGCCGUCAAGGAGCACGGAUGGACCUAUGAAGGAUUGAAAGCGAUGAAGUAUCUAAACCAGUGCGUGGCUGAAGGCGUCAGGCUGCAUCCUCCAGUGUCCACGGUCGACAGGUCGGCCAAAGAGGACUAUAAGAUUCCUGGCACCAACAUAAUAAUAGAGAAAGGAACUGCUGUCUACGUCUCGCUGUAUGGACUGCAAGGAGACCCCAAGUACUUCGAUAACCCGGACACAUAUGACCCAAGCCGCUUCGAUGAAGGCAGGCCCAUUCCUGAUGCGUACAUACCCUUCGGAGCUGGACCCAGAAUGUGUGUCGGUUUGAGAGCCGGCCAACUUCACGCCAAGGUCGUGUUAUCCAUGAUCCUGUCCCAGUUCGAAGUACAACCAAAAUCUGACCAGCAGGAGCUUGAUCCUCGGUCCGCCUUAACUGCGGCCGCGCACGGGCUGCCCAUGGAGUUUAAGAGGAUAGAGAAGGAAUCCAUCAAGACGGUCGGACCUGGAACGCUUUGA